UGUAUGUCGGGCUAUCAACAGAGAUGACGUAAUGUGUAUACUAAUGGAUCAUUCCUCCAGGGGGACGUCGCUGUCGGCUCUCGACAAAUGACCGUUAACUUCCAUUGUCAGGUGAGCUCCCGGCCCCCCCGCUCCGCGCGGAGCAGUUGGUACAGUCCACAUGCAGUUCGGAGUUGUUGCUGAGGAGGUUCCUCUGUUCAGCACAUACCGUUAAAUUGGCAUGCAGCCUACGCCUGGGUCCUGAAGCAGGAGACUGCACUGCUUUUUGAAAAUGUUACCGCCUUCUCACCGGAGUUACCUCGGACAGCAGGGCAGGCUCGCGUUAAUUCACCUUUUGUGCAGUAUAACAGGUGUGUGGGGCAGUCAGGUGGUGGUGCCUAAGAGGGUGAACGCUGUGCUGGGGAAGAAUGUGACAUUGGAGUGCAGGGUGGAGGUGGGCGCCAACCUUACCCUCACCCAGAGUUCCUGGGAGCGCCGUCUGCCUUCGGGCUCUGUCACAGUGGCUGUCUACAACCCACAUUUCGGCAUCUCCAUCCCUCCAGAGUUCAAGCAGCGCUUGUACUUUCGCUCGCCCUCCUCUCAUGAUGCCACCAUUGUACUUGAGAACGUGGGCUUUUCUGACGUUGGGAUCUAUACCUGUAAAGUUGCAACUUUUCCCCUGGGAAACACACAAGCCAGCACUACUGUCAAUGUACUUGUGGAGCCGAAGGUCUACGUGUCUGCAGGUUCAACUGCACUGAUCGAUGGUGGCAAUGAUACUGUGGUGGCUACCUGCAUUGCUGAGCGGGCUCGGCCCCCUGCUGAAGUGUCCUGGGAGUCCAACCUGUUUGGCCAGUCAGAAGUGCAGCUAUUUGACGAAGUCAACGGCACGACCAGCACACAAGUACGCUACAUCUGGCAGCCCACCCGACACAUCCAGGGCCAUGCACUCACCUGUGUGGUCCGCCACCCAGCGCUGCAGAGCGAUUUCAGGAUCCCCUACCAACUCAAUGUGCAGUAUGCUCCUGAUAUCUCAGUAGUGGGCUAUGAUGGAGACUGGUAUGUGGGGCGGGAAAAUGUUCAAAUGACGUGCAAAGCCAACGCAAACCCACCAGCUCAUCACUUCCGAUGGAUCAGAUUGGACAGUGAAAUGCCAGAAGGGGUGGAAAUAAUGAACAGCACUUUGCUUUUCCUGCGCCCUCUCCAGCGGAAUGACUCGGGAGUUUACAGGUGUGAGGUUGCAAAUGACAUCAACCUCCGCAGUCGUGAUGUGCGCAUUCUCAUACAAGAUCCUCCCACCAUGCCUUCCACCAUUACUGCUCCUGUCCUAACUGGCUCUGCCUCCUCCACCUUAGUGGAUGAAAAGGGGCACGUGCUCCUCAGCUCUCCCACUCUUGAAGCCCUACCUGAGAGCAAUCUCGGUUCCAUAGUGGGUGGGGCUGUGGGCGGGGCCUUGUUCCUGCUCCUGCUGCUGUCUCUGGUUGGCGUUUUUUACCUACGGAAGCAGCAGACCUUCCACGGGAACUACUACACCAAGCAGUACCUGGGCCCCAAUGACCUCCAGAAAGCCCCCACGCAGCACGAGCUCCACCCUACCAAAGCAGGCAGCAGCUCCAAGCAUCGGGACCACGACCGAGAAGAGUGGGGCGACCGCCAGCUCAAACAGGAGCGUGACCGUCGUCACCAUAGCAACUACAAUGGAGACGAGUAUCCCUCUAAUGGCUACACCAGGGCGAUGAGGGAGAGCAGUCAAAACAGCCAUCAACAGAGUCCCCACCACCACCGUGAACACGCACAGUAUUCUAGUCCACGGCAGCCCCGAUGUGCCAGAUACCCUCAUUCACCUAAACUACAGGGAAACGGCUCCCCCUACAUGUCAGAUGACUGCUACGAUAGCGGGCCCGAGGGGGACUACGUCUCUCACACAGACGGCUCCGUCAUCUCACGUAGGGAGUGGUACGUUUGACAAGCCACCUGGUCCUGCAGGAGCAGACGUACGACAGAAACCUAAAAUUUUCAUUUACUAAAUUAGGGAGAAAAAACCCCACAGAAUUUCUCUUCCGUACGCACAUGCACACCUCUACUAAUCUCAGUUCUGCAGUUCCCUCUUUUUGUCCACGCGUCCUGGUAGACACUUGAGAUGAAACGUUUCCGUUGUUGAUGUGGGCAGACGGUGGACUGCACAGCAACUUGGACAGUCUAAAAUGCUGACAGAAAAGGGCGUGUCUCUAGUUUGUUUGUGUAGAGACUAACUAAGGAUCAUGAUGUAUGUGCUGUCUACGUACUGCCUUACUACGUGGACUGCCAGUUUAUCUAGCAUUACUGAUGUCUUUCAGUUGAGUGGAAGCCCUGGGGGUUCACAGAUCACAUGUGGUUGUUGUAAAAGAAAAAGGCUUUUUUUUGUUUGUUUUCUACAAAAUCAGCCUUCUGAGGCACUUGUGGCACUUGCUUAUUUCUAUGUGUAGUUAUUGCUUACGCUGAUUUUGUUUAAAAGAGCUCUGACUCUGAGUAUUACUGAAAGUAAAUCCAUGAAAUUAAGAUGUUCAGAGGUCUUUUUUCCAAAACUCAGUAGGACAGAGCUGAGGCAUACAGGCUAGUUAAAAAAACAAAAAGGAAAAGACCUCCAUAGAGAAACAAUUACUGGUGACACACACUGAUUCAUGGUCAAAAAACGUAUUGCACUGCCUUUUGCAUAACUUUUUAAUAGACAUCCACAUAAUUUGUAUUCUGCUAAAGUGUCUAGCCUUUAUGUAACUUGCGAUGAUGGGAGACUUGAGAGCUCGAGGACUUGACCACUGAUGUCCCAGCAAUGUCCUUUUUAAAACUGAUGGCCUAAAGUGGGAACCUUAAGAGCAUUUCUACUAUACGUCCUCGGCUCAUCUCUUAUCCCCACGAGGGAGGGACGGAGAGAGUGAGCAGGAAGGCCUGCACAGAGGAGGCACAGUCCGCUGUAAGAACAGGCUGGGUUUAUCAAACAGCCUUGAUAUGCAAACGUGCUACAAAAUCCUCUCAGCUUAGAUGCGUUCAAAUACUUCUGUUUAAUUGUUGAACAUUCGUGAGGUGACCUCUUGAUUUUGAGUGUCAUAUUAGUUGUCCUUUUUAGUAAACCACUAACACAUCCUCCAGAUUAUAAACGGAUGUGAUUGAGAAUUUGCACUCUGGCACCAAACCAGGGCUCUUGAAAGUUCAAGCAAGCCGUCAGCAGGGGCAUUGUUCAUAGCAGGCUACAGUAUGGCAGCCACCAUACGCUGGCCUCUUAGCCGCAAAGUAUUUUGUUACACAAAGACGUCAUUCAAGAGUGCAACCAGUACACAAAUAAUCACGGAUGGACUCAUUUCACUGCUCUCAGUAAUCUGUAGAAACAAGACAGGACUGUGUCACAACUAUAAUCUGAGGCAUUAAUAGGCUUAUUGUCACUUAUCCAUGUCUUCAACUGCACGCUCUAAUCUCUCAUUUUCUUUCUUUUAAUAUACAUGUAUUAUUACUACCAGUACUACCACAGUAAAAUAUACAUUAUGUGAUGGAUGUGCUGUCACCUGUGGUUAUCAAAACCUGCACUCAGCUUCUUAUCUUCAGCUCACCAGAGGGGACAGAGUAUUGAUCGUCGAAUCUUUCACUCAUAAUUAUCCUUUGAAUAGUUAUAAAAUGAUACACCCUCUGCUGGCUUUACAGUCAGAACUGUGCUCAUUUGUUAACAGCGAUAUUUUGUUGCUAAUCAAGAUUCUCAAACGUGUCAGAAAACACAAAGUACUGUGAUAGAAGUGAGGAGAAAUGUAUUUUAUUACGGUGUAAAGAUGAAUGUUUUUUUUAUGUGAUCAGGUACUCAUAAGGAUUAGUUUUUUGACACAUGCACUUAUUUACCAGGCAGCAUGGAGGAGAUCCAACAGUUUCUUCCAUGUUCUCUAGUGUUGUGAAUACAUGCCAACGUUGUAGUACGGUCACCUAUACAAUAUUUGCUGCCGGAUGCCAAAUAUUUGUUUAACCUGUAUGUAUAAAUAUGAUGAUGACAGUGUCUCACGUUAAGUAUUGCUGACUAGCUAACAACUGAUUAUAAGCUUAUAUAAAUUAAUUAACGUAUCACUGUUGUAUACAGGGUCUUGUAGCCUGAAAUAGAAGUGAAAAGAUGCUUUAGGCCACUUUAAUAUUACAGUCGUCAAAAUGGGAAUUAGUUAUAUUGUUAUGAGCCCUUGCUAAUUAUUUGUCAGGGUGUGAAUUUUGUGCAGUGACUAGGCUGCAGUGAGAUUUGAUAAUGUGCCACUGUAACUUGCAGGUAGAGAAUAUGUCCCUUUAUACUGCAGUUCAUGUAGUUUCAUCCGUGCGUUCAGCGCUGUGCAGAACCCUAGAAGUCAUUUAUCAUCAUAGACAGAAGCGGCCCUUUCCAAUAACUACCUGAAGUUUCAGUUCACUCCAAUUACAUGAAAAUAAGGCCUCACGCACCACAUUAAAGUUGUGGUUUAAUGCACCCUUGUUUUGAGAUUGUAAUGCUAUAUUUAUUAACCAUUUGCAAAUAUUAUAAAAAUCUGUUGCAACUUUAAUGAGCAGUUGCUUAACAAAUGGUUUAUAAAGUAUUUCAUAGUUAAAACAGUUAAAUAACUAAAGUUUAAGUGAAUUUACCAUUUGAUAAAGGUGCAAUAGGUAAGAAUUGAUCCCCUGACAGUAUCUCUAAAAUAAAUAUCAUCAUUGUUAUUAUUAAUAUUAAAUAUUAUUUCUUUGGCAGAAUAAAGUUCCAGCGAUGAAGCAUUUACAGUGGGGGUCACCCAGAGUAAUGACAACAUUGUUUCUGUAGAAUUGACCUCCAUAAACAAAUCUGAGAGACGGAUAUCUCAAAACCUGGGUUAAUAAAUCCACAACUGCAUCUGCAUUGUUAGAUACCGCUACAUAAAAGUGAGGAUUUGCGGUGCUGUGUAAUUUGCGUGAGCUGACCCCUUUUAAUGUGAGCGUCCUAAAUGAAGUGUACAAUUGGUCAUUUGUUAACCGAAAAGAAACCCUCAUUUAGACCGCUGACUUAAAAGUAAGGAUUGUGUUGCCGAUGCCUAUUUAUUCUGCCUUUCUGGUCACUUUCACAUAAAAGCGGAGAAUAACAGGAAGCAGCAGCCUAACCCCCCUCGUGUGUUUGCUUCUAUGCACUAAGACGGAAAUUCCACUAAUCACUAUACUAUUUUUGCUUGACUUGUCAAUUUGCAUCCCUGCACCUGGAUUAAUGAAGUUCUUUUGUACUGUGACAUUUUGUAUAGAGGUCGGUCAUCAGUGUCUUUACCUUGAGAAAUGUCCUUCAUUUUGGGUUGAGAAAUACAACUAGUGCCUUAGAUACCUAGAAGAAGAAGUGUUAUGUUUAUUUACUUUGUGGAUGUAAGUUUUGUUGCUUUGAGAUUUAUUUUGUUGGCCAUUUGGUUUUGGUUUUUUUUAUAUUUUCUCUGCAUACUGUGUGUUAGGAGGACUCCGUAGUGCCAUGUUUAUUUUUCUGCCCAUGUCACCAAGACGGUUAAAAUCGCAGUAUACUUGCAAACCAAGAGGCAUUAAAACACACACGAAACAGACAAAGCUUGAAUGAAUUUUGAUGUAAAACGCGUUUCACAAGUAUCUGUCAGGGGUUUUUCUGUAGAAUCACUGUUGCUCAAAGGAGUGAAGACUUCAGUCACACAUUGUCAAUGAAAAGCACCUUGUGGUCAUAUUUGUUUUUUGUAUAUACUGAAGAAAUGUAAGUUUCUGGGAAGAAAAAAAAAAUAUUUAUGUCUGUGACAACAGUGGAGCAUUAUUUUGUCAAUCUUUUUGAGAUACUUUAGUUCAAUAAAGCACCUUAGCACCUGUGA